UACAUUUCUCUUAGUUCACGUUGUCUUUGUAUACGUGUUUAUGGAUAUUACAUAACUGAAAAUCAAGAUCAGUCAAUCAGUGUAACAUCAAUCAUCAAUAACCCUGCGGGAUGUAUAUAAAACUAAGGGAUAUAUGAGGAAAAUCAGAUUCCAGAUUAAGUUCAUAAAUAUUGAUUCACCUAAAAUCUAUAAUAACAUAGUAGUUCAGAAGCAUGAAAUAAUUCUAUAAAAAAUCAUGAAUUAUCUACAUAAAAAUAUCGCAUAUUGUAGAUAAGAGUCACCCCUGAAAGAAAAACGAUAGUUUUCUGUAUUUGGUUAUCAAUCAAUCCUAUGUGGGUUUAUAUCUUAUCUAAUGUAAAAAUUACACAAAGGAUAGUGUCUGCAAAUAUCUAAAUGAAAACACUUAAUUCCAAAAUGAGAAAUCAAGUGGGUUUUGCCUAGCUAAUUGUAUAAAUAGUAACACAAUCAUAAUCUCUUCUUCCAUCAGGUCUUCUUCAUAAUAUAUUUCUUCUCUAAUAAUUGAAAGCAAAAGAAAACAGUUUUUUUUUUUAGAAAGGUAAAGAAAUGGAGGAAACAAAGGAGAGAAAGAUAGUAGUAGCAGUAGACGAAAGCGAAGAGAGCAUGGAAGCUCUGUCAUGGAGUCUUGACAAUCUUUUUCCAUAUGGUUCCAAUAAUACACUCAUCCUCCUCUACGUCAAGCCCCCUCUUCCCGUUUACUCUUCCCUCGAUGCCGCAGGGUUUAUAGUGACAGGAGACCCGGUUGCAGCUUUGAAGAAGUAUGAAUACGAGCUCGUGGAAUCGGUCAUGGCUCGGUCUCGAACCGUGUACCAAGAUUAUGAGUCUGAUAUUAAUAUAGAGAGACGAGUUGGAAGAGGAGAUGCUAAGGAAGUUAUAUGCAACGCAGUUCAGAAACUUAGAGUUGAUAUGUUAGUAAUGGGCACUCAUGACUAUGGCUUCUUCAAAAGGGCUUUGCUAGGGAGUGUGAGCGAGUAUUGCGCCAAACGAGUCAAGUGUCCUGUGGUUAUCGUCAAGAAGCAAGCUCAAGAUAAUUAAGCUCAUAUGAUUGCAUUGUGUAUAUGUUUCGAAAGAACUGGUGUAACACUUGAAUCAAUCUUCGUAUGCGAUAAUAAAAUACAUAACGGUUUAAACAAA